AAUUUCACUUCUUGCCACCGCCAUCCGAUCAAGUGGUCAUAGGGCCUCUCUCAAAAUUAGCCAAAGAUGUCAAAUAACGGAGCAAAUCAACGCUCAGAGGUUCGAGGUCCAACUUCAGCCUUGACGGCAUUCUUGCGAAGCAAAAAUAUUCGUGUUCCUAAUGCGAAUCGUUUUAGACGUAGAGAUGAUACUGGACCUUUGGUAUUAGAUGAAACGACUGGAGCUGUUAUCGGUGAGAACGGUCAAGUUGUGGCUCAAGCUGAAGAAGUAUCGGCUGCUGUUGAUGCAACCGUUUCUGGAAGCGCAACACCAUCUUCGAGUAGUACACCGCAGGCCACCUCACAAAGUGAACGCUUAGCACGUAUUGCGUCAAGACGAAAGAAUCAAUCAAUGAACUUCGAAGAAGAGGAUUCAGAAGCAUCAGAUGAUGAAGAAACACCAUCAGCAGCAAAGAAACAAAAGGUAUCUAAUAAUGCAAGUGCGAGCACCUCUGCUUCCGCUUCCAACGGUGCCAUUGUUUUGGGAGAUCAUUCAUCACGUCAUACGGCAGCAGGCGCUGUUGACUUUUGUGCUGCCUGUGCGAAACGCUUCAGUGUGACGGCAUAUACGCACCAUACUGAGAAAGGAGGUGUAUGCCACAAAUGCAAGGACUUGAUUCUGAAUGGCAGAAAGACUACAAGCGGUAGAGCAUCAGGUGUUCGUGGAGUCACCACAGGAGAUGCAAGUCCGUCUGAAAGUCCAGCACCGGCCAAAAGAUCGAAAGCACGUCGUAAGCCGAAUCAGCUCAUGUUCGAGAAGACACGCUUGCCUACAUUACAAUCAAUGUGCAUCAACAUUAUUGCAGACAAUAUCGAAGAUGUUGAAGGAUUGAUUGGUAUCGCCAAUCAGAAUAUGGAUUCGAUCAGCAAGAGUAUCUCUAAAAAUAGACGCUUGAACAGUCAAACAGUCAAUCUUUUCUUACAAUCUUCUGCGAAGGAGUUGACUUUCUAUGAUUGCAGUGCACUUGACUGUGACGUAUUGGCAAGCAUUCCAGCUUUUUGUCCUUUCGUUGAGAGCAUCAAUUUGCAAUAUUGCGGUAUGCUCGAUAACACUUCGAUUGAUGCCUGGAGUAAAAAGUGCAAAAAGUUGCGCAAAAUUGAACUUUAUGGACCGUUUUUGGUGCGUGUGGAAGCAUGGCACCGUUUCUUUCAAGCGAUGGGAGAACGUUUGACAACGUUUAAGAUUCGCGAAAGUCCGCGAUUCGAUAAAGGUUGUUGUGAAAAGAUGGUAGAAUUCUGUCCAAAUAUCACUGAACUGGGCUUGGCGCAAAUCGGACCACUGAAUGCCGAUUGUCUGUCAGUAUUGAAAGCUUAUGGUCAUCAAUUGACAUACCUUGACAUUUCGGAUCCCGGCGUGUCGGCACCUGGUGUGCCACCCAAAGGUCUGGAAGAUGAUGCAGUGAUUGGCAUGCUUCAGGCUACCGGCCCGCGAUUGGUCCAUCUGGACAUCUCUCGCAAUGCUGACCUGACAAGCAAGACUUUGUUAGACGGCAUUUUGGCAAAUUGCAUCUCUUUGCAAAAGCUCAGUGUCAUUCAGAUGCAUGCAGAAGAGAUCUUACCGGAGCACUGGGUGUCGCUUUUCCAAGGACUGAAAGAGCGAGGUGCAGCAAAAUUGACUCAUGUCAAUUUGGAAAGAUGCUUGGCUGUUGAUGAUUCGGUCAUCGAAGCAUUGAUCGACUUUUGCGGUGCAAGUCUGGUCGAAUUGAAUCUUAACUCGUGCGACAAAAUUACAGAGAAUGGGUUCAAGCAAAUUGCCCAAAAUUGCCGUAGCUUGAAAAUGCUCGACGUAGGCUUUUGCAGAGCUAUUGACGAUGGUAUCGUGACGGAUAUGGUCAAUAGCAUUCGUGAUUUGCAAGAAAUUUGGUUGUUCUCUUGCAAUCGCAUUACACCUUUUCUUACUUCUUCUCGUGUCCGUUUACUCGGCAAAGAAAAGUACGCAAAAGCUUGAAAUAUAAUAUAGAUAUGUAUAAUAACCUUAUUUUGGCACCUUCUUCUAAUAUGAUCUGUAAUAUAUAUAAGCACACACAAUACUUUAAUUGACUCAAUGAAUUAUACAGACC